UUCGCAUAUGCAGCUCAUUCAGUUGGCAGGCUAACGUUACUGUUUUUAUUUGCUUAUAAUCUUUGUGUAUUGCUAAGGAUAAAUGGGUAAACCUGCCACUUAAGGCUGGUGAUUUAAAAUACAUUUGUAGAAUUAGCCAAUAUCUGUCAAUAAAGUAAAGUUCAGAGUCCAAACACCCAGGAAACCUGGAUUGCAUAUAUGCAGUGACAGAAAUGGCAGACUCUGGGAACAACCGCAAGACUCUGAACUUUAAUGUGGGGGUGCUGGGACAUGUCGACAGCGGGAAAACCUCGCUCGCCAGGGCGCUAAGCAGCACUGCGUCCACGGCUGCCUUUGACAAAAAUCCGCAGUCUAGAGAGAGGGGUAUCACGCUGGAUCUCGGCUUCUCCUCCUUCACCGUGGACCUUCCCGCACACCUGCAGGAGUGCGGGGACCGCAGCUACGACAGCCUGCAGUUCACGCUGGUGGACUGCCCUGGACAUGCAUCCCUCAUUCGCACAAUCAUUGGAGGCGCGCAGAUCAUCGACCUGAUGCUGCUGGUGGUGGACGUGGUGAAGGGCGUGCAGACGCAGACCGCCGAGUGCCUGCUGAUCGGCGAGCUGACCUGCCCCCGCAUGGUGGUCAUCCUCAACAAGACGGACCUGUUGCCCGCCGCCAAGAGGCAGGCCGCUAUCGACAAGAUGACCAAGAGGAUGCACAAGACCCUGGAGAACACCAGGUUCAAGGGCUGCCCCGUGAUCGCCGUGGCAGCCAAGCCCGGGGGUCCUGAGGCCCCGGACACAGAGCAGCCUCAGGGAGUGCCUGAACUCAUAGAGCUGCUGAAGGCCCAGACGUACCUCCCUUGCAGAGACCCCUCCGGGCCCCUGCUGAUGGCUGUGGACCACUGCUUCUCCAUCCGGGGUCAGGGCACAGUCAUGACAGGCACCAUACUGCAGGGGUCACUAUCCAUCAAUGACACGGUGGAGAUCCCUGCCUUGAAGGUGAACCGGAAAGUGAAGUCGGUGCAGAUGUUCAGGCAGCCCGUGAACUCGGCGAUGCAGGGGGACCGUGUCGGUGUAUGCGUGACCCAGUUCGACCCGAAGCUGCUGGAGCGGGGGCUGGUGUGCACCCCAGGGUCCCUGCGCACCCUCCACGCCGCCGUCAUCUCUGUUCGCAAGAUCGGCUACUUCCGCGGCACACUCGCCACUCGCAGCAAGCUCCACAUCACCGUGGGGCACGAGACGGUCAUGGCCCGGGUCUCUUUCUUCGGGCUCCCCCCCUCCGGCUCUCCCUCCGCAGCGGCCAGUAGUGAUGCACCCUCAGACCCCGGCUCCGCCCAGCCACCUGAUAACCCGGCCUCCAAAGAGACAAGCUACAUCCAACCCUUAUCUAACCUCACGCUCUUGGACAAAACUUUCUCCUUUGACAGGGAGUACUUCUACCAGGAGGAGUAUGUGAUUGGCCAGCCUGGGGCGGGGGAGGGGCCUGACCCAGAACAGUGGGCGCUGCUGGAGUUCGAAAGGCCUGUGACCUGCCCCAGCUUCUGCCUGGUGAUUGGUUCGAAGUUGGACACGGACAUCCAUGCCAACGCCUGCAGACUGGCGUUCCAGGGGCGUCUGCUAGAAGGAUUUGAGGAUAAGGGCUACACAGAGAGUGCCCUCCCCCGGCUCAAAGUGUUCAAGACCAAGCACAGGGAGGGCCAGGUGGAGAGGGUGACAGAUGACUAUACUGUUAUUGGCCGCAACCUGUUCAAGAAGGAGACCAACUUGCAGCUGUUUGUAGGGUUAAAGGUCAAGCUCUCGACAGGUGAAGAGGGGGUCAUCGAAGGUGGGUUUGGACAGAGCGGGAAGUUCAAGAUCCGAAUACCAGAGGGGCUGAGCGCAGAGACCAAGCAGCUCCUAUCCUCCUCCUCCAAGAAGAAAACAAAAGGCGGGAACAAGACGGAACCGGUCAAAGAGGAGGAGACCAAGACAGACUCCCAGCCAAUCGGCAUCCAGCUCAGCUUCAAGAGAUAUGUCUUCGACCCCCACAAGAAGAUGGUGCAGUCCUGACUUCAGGCUGUCGGUGUCAAAGAGACCAGGAGCGGUUGAGACUAUGUGACUUGAAUGGGGGAGGUGGCAGGAAAAUUGGCACAAGUGGAAACACUGCAGACAGAUGUGAUUGCCCUGCCAGGGGAAAACAAAAAUACAUCACCCUUUGUGUGAAUUAAUUAUUAGUCUUGAUUACUACAGAUUGGCUUUAAAUGCAGUUGGGGGUAAUUUCAGGAAUGUGCAGCUGAAAGGGUAUGAUAGGUUUCCGCAUUCUCCCCAAAAAAUCUAGGAACCAACAAACUGAUUUCUGUAACUUUCCCCGUGCUCUGAGGUCAUAGCUGGGGCGAGCUAGCAAAAAUGCAUUUAGCUGAUAUGCUAAAUUUUCCAGUUAUUCUUGAGCACAAAGUUUGCCAACACAAUAGUCCAUAUCAUAUUGCAUUAACCAGUUCUGAUGUGGUAUGUACCACGUUUGCCUUUUGGAAAAAGAAGUCCGCUUUUAGUUUUUAAAUUUUAUCAGGGCAAAUUUCCACACAAUCGUGUCCCCAUCCCCUCUUCCCAGUCACAAUCUGGAGAUAACUGGCAGGCUGUCUCAUCAAACCCAGGUCACAUUCACUUCCUACUUUCUUUGUUAAGGUUAAAGUUCAGCCAUCUUUUGCAUCCAUUAGCUUUCCAAAUAUGUUUUCAAUUUUCCAUUUUUCUGGAAUUUUCUUUUUUGGCCUUCAUGCAUCAGCACAUUUGGACUUGAUUACAGGAGAACUGUAAAAGGAUUUGCUGGGAAGAAUCACUGGGUCCUUUCAUUUUGCUCCGUAUACAGACCUGAGUCUCACAGCCUAACUUAAUGAACAGCUGCUAAAUGUCUGGAAUAAUCUCACUGUGAUAACCUCACCUGUGGAUUGGUAUAAUUGUGGUUGACGCUUAACGAUGUGUGGAUGAGUGAUACGGCCGUGAUGGACGGGACAUCGUGCGGGGUGAUGAUAUUGCGAAUGACACCUGGCAGUGUGCAGUGAUUGAUACCUGAAGAUGCAGAGUGAUGUAACAGUGAUUGACAUAUAAAGAUAUGCAGAGUGGUUUUAUUGUAACUGGUAUAUUAUAAUGCGCACAGAAAUGUGAUUGGCUGGAU